AUGCUCCAAAUUUUACCCCUGUUUUUCAAAAUGCCGCCAACCGUUGCAGACAUCUUCACCGUGGACAGUAAUAAUUCUUCGAAUCCCAUUUCAAGACGUACAAGACGGCGUUCAUCAGUGUCUAUUAGUGAUAACUUAGCACCAGGUGUGACGUCACGCAGAUCCCAGAGAACCCAGCUCGGGAAAAAAGAUGAAAACAAAUGCAUCAUUCUACCCGAUGUACAGCGUAGAUUGAUGGGCUGCAGGGUACUGCUGACAGAUAUAUUUUCACCAGGCUCACAACUGCAGUAUCCCACGAAACAUAUAAAAGAUGUCAGCAACGUCAAUCAUAAUGUCCCGGAGAAAGAUGUAACCGUAAAACAGUCCUUUUCCGGACAGAGUAAUCUCCAAUCGACAGAACGGAACAGCUAUGUAACUCGACGAACCAAUUCCCGGCUAACGAGAAGCAUCAGAAGACAUGAGUCUUUGGCUGAGAAGCGAAGCGGCACGGUAAAUAUUGCUGCUGACGACUCGCAUUCGAUCAUACAUUUAGACGAGUCCAGUAUCGGCAUGACAAAUGUUACCGAAUUAGCGGAUGUAAUACAAACAUUCUCCAGUAAUGAUGUCAUCGUACAAACGUCCAAAGAUGUUACCGACUCACAGCCACGUCGCCUUACCAGAGGCAUGGCGUUAGAAGAUCUCGACAGCAAUGAAAACACCAUUGCUUCUCGGACAUCUUCAAAUCGAAAGAGCGAUCAUGUUAUUACAGAAAAAGACACGGGUGUAUCUCCACCCAAACGAAGCCCCAGCGUGUUUGCACCUUCUAUUUUACGGCGUUCAGCAGCAACAGCAUCUUCAAAAGCUACCACUGGCAGUGAGGCAGCUGCGAAACAAAGCAUCAAUACUGGUACUUCGUCUUCAAAUCGUUCGUUGAGUAAAUUGAACAAUGAUGCGUUUAAAAUUCUAAUUGUUUCCAUCAAACGUAUUGCUUCGGCUUUGUCGGAGGCUGAAUUAAAGCGUCUCAAAUAUGAAGACUCGACGCAGAAUAGUAGAGUUUCAUUACGUUCUUCAAGUGAAAUCGGAUGGCGCCCAAAGAGUCGCAUCAAGGUUGAAAACAAAUUACUGGCCAGGACAAGAUCAACUAUGACUAAACCCAAAAUUAUGAUCUCGUCCCCAAUAAUCGAAGUUCCGGAAUCUCCACCCGUGCCCGAGCGAAACCGGCUGGCCCAUUCGUAUCUUGCUGUUCCAAAAACUACUCACACAGCUCAGUUAGACAGAUUUAAAAAGCCUCAUCCAACGACUCAACCAUCAUUGCCACUACUAAUUGAGCACGAGGACGAAGAGAACGAUGAUGUGUAUGAAUUUCUAUCGUCCUCUCAAAACAGUGAAAUUGCCAAAUCGAAUGAAACCACCCAAAAGGCGGCUAGACACAAAACGGUCCAGAAAACGUCAGUAAAAAACAAGCGCAAAGCUACUGCUGCCAAACCCAAGCCAAAACCGCCGAAACAGCAAAAUCCAUUCGGGUGUAAUAAAAAAACGUUGAAAAAAAUCAUUAAACAGCUGGGAGGCGGACCCGUAAAGCAACCCGACACGGUGGACUAUAAGAUUAACAUGGAAAUUCCCAAAACACCACCCGUGGUAGCAUCACCCGUGCCAGAACCGCAGCAGCUAGAUGACACUGAGCUUCCUUAUCAUGAUUAUAACGCUUCCGUGAAAGUCUCUCGUAUUGGUAACCCUACGGUGGAUCGACUUAAAGCAGCGCAACCACCACUUGCUCUCACGUCUACUCCGUUCAACAAGGUGAAUAAUCUCAACGUAACAGCUGCACAAAAGCCUGCUUCACCAUGGCGCCUGCAAGAUGAAAUAACCGUACCCAGAACGAGCUACACUCAUCGAACGAAAGAGAUGCUUCCUUCGUAUGAAAGUUUUGCUAUAGAAAACAACAACAUCCCCGUGCGCACAUCCGCUUUCGUUACGGAACGACGAAAGUCACCAAAUGAAGGAACUGAAUCGAUUGUACCACCAGUACCCGAAAAAGUUGCCGAAUCCAGCAUACACGAAGAGCAGUCCUUCGAAGGCAUUGUGAGCGAUAAAGACUUGCGCGAGUUCGAACAAAUGUACUUGGAGCUGAAGGCGACGAGUGAAAUGAGUCAGAAAUUGAUCACAGCUAUUCACCACAGCAAAAAGAAUAGGACCACACCGAAACAAAACCAAGCGAUGCGGUUGGCAUGUCUGAAGCUGAAGAAAUGGUACGAUCGUUCGAUGAAUACGUUUAACCGAUCGAUGCGAAUCAUCAACAACCUACAGCGGACAACUGAACAGUCUGACAAUCGUGCGGUGGCUUGUCCUUCGCCACUAUCGCUCGAACAGCAGCGUGCGGUACACAAUUUCAAUCUUAGCACCGAUCAUUUCCGUUCCAUGAUCGACCAGCUCCAUUCGGCCAUAAAUGAUUCCGACGUAGAAAAUCGUCCACCUGCACUGUCCUCGUUUGAGGCAGCUGACACAGGUCUACAGGGUAAUGGAAAUGGUCCAAUAACAAAAUUGCAUAAAGUGACAACUUCCCAACCGCCUAAAGAUGUCAUAAUUCUACCCGAACGCGGUACCAAUGCGAAACGGAACCCUUUGAUGCCUUUGAAUGUGGUGCCACUUCCACAGCGUACUAGCCCAUUAAUAUCUCCGCUGGCUAAAAAUCCGACAACCGGCCCGAACACCAUCCGCCGAGAGCUGCAGUAUGACAAGGAGAAUGAAUCUAUCCAAAUCAACGACAAACAACAGCAAAAAGACAUUGAGAAUGUCCCGCAAAGACCGACACCGGAUCUUUCAGAACCGUACGUUGGAAGUGUGGUAGAAAUUAACGACGAAACCGCGCAUAAUGAUUGCGCCUAUAAUGACGAUAAUACUUGCCACAACAGCAACGAUGGCAGUACGGAAGCGAUAGAGGGUACGCGGAAUUUCUUUGGGUUUGAUGACGCUGGCGAUAGUGUAGAAGAAACAUCAACCGCUCAAGUCACACUUCCCAUGCCGCUUAACAUUUCGCACGAAACGCUUCAGCGAAGAUUGCGGAACAUGAAGCAAUUGCUUCCCAAACGACCCUUUUUCCGAACACAACCCAAACACCAAAACCGCUCUAGUGGACCGACACGGUUUCCCACAACAAAGUUGCGCGCGUUUGGCAGUCCAACAAAACGACCGCAUACGUUGCGUGAAUUCAUUGCAUCUACACCUCGCCCUGCUGAAACAGGAUCCUCGACGGUGCAAGCGACAGUGGCACCGAAAUCAUUGCAGCCGUUUGAUGUUGAAACACCAGAUGUGUCGGCGAUCGAACUUAUCACUGAACCAGCUGCAGCUGUAGAGCAAAAUGACCACGGUGCGCAAAACAAUGAGCCCGAUGUCGCACUGUUCGAUACGCCGGAUCGACAGGAAUGGUUAAACAAGUCCGCCCAUCAACGCACCUACACACGCAUACCUCGGCGGAAAAAGAUAAAUAUAUACCUAGCGAAUCUGGGACUGGACGACGACAGUGAGGAGGAUGAGGAAAACGCUCCGCCACAAGAGCUGAGCUCAGACUCAGAAACGGACGUUGCGAAACGAAAGAAAAAGCCCAUUAAACGUAAAGCUCAACGUAAAGUAGAACAGACAAAGGAAUUCAAACAGUUUGUUGACGACUUCAAUGGGAUGUGUGCGGAAGUGGAUCGCUAUGAGAUGAUUAUCGAAUAA